AUGGUGACAGACCGAGGAGGCAGUCAUGAAUCUUCGGUCGCAGGACCACGGGAUCGUCUCAUGAUGGCUUCGCAACACUCCUUGGAUCGACUUGAUGCCAGACCAAUGGGGUCGUCGUCCGUCGUGGACGCCGAUAUGUCCACGCUGAUGAGGGAACCCAGAACAGUGGCAUCCAUCAUUGUGCGCCCGGAUCCAUCGAUGCGUCUGGAGCCUGGUAAGCCCCAAAAGAUGAGAAAGCCCGAAACUUUUCCUUCAUCGUUGUCAUGUGGUCCAGACUCGGGUCGCCGUCGUCGUCGUCGUGAUGAUGGCAGAGGGUCACGUGAUCCCACACCACUUGGCGCCCGGCUGCAUACGCAGAACACGCAACAGCCAUACCAGCGCCAACCAAAGCGUCGUCGUGCGGCCUACAGCGGCGCUGCUGACCGGACAUCUCUCAUCGAGGAUGACCUAGCGUCGAUCGGAUCCUGGUCGCACGACGAGCCCGUCAGCGGCGAGGGUAAGCCAACCCCGGCAUGGAGUGGCUGCCCCCCGGAAGCGCCUUCCCCGUCCCGCACGCCGUGGAUUCCCAGGCUGGCCACUCCAGAGCUCAGCCCGUUGGCCACAGACUUUGAGUUCUGCCACUGCCACGGCAACGACGUGUGCGAGGACAGGAUCAACGAUGUGUGGUAUCUUUCGAGCCGCGCGAGGGUCGAUGCACAGGGUAAGAUACUUCAUCCACCCCUCAGCAGAGUUGUCGUGGAACCGAGCCCGAAGCGGCGGCUGACCCCUUGA